CAUACUGAAAUCAUGUCAGGAAGAGGAAAAGGCGGUAAAGGACUCGGCAAAGGAGGCGCUAAGCGUCAUCGCAAGGUUUUGCGUGAUAACAUCCAGGGAAUCACCAAACCCGCCAUCCGUCGUCUCGCUCGUCGUGGUGGUGUCAAGCGUAUCUCCGGUCUGAUCUACGAGGAGACUCGCGGUGUGUUAAAAGUGUUUUUGGAGAAGGUUAUUCGUGACGCCGUCACUUACACCGAACACGCCAAGAGAAAGACCGUCACUGCCAUGGAUGUCGUCUAUGCUCUGAAGCGACAGGGUCGUACUCUGUACGGUUUCGGAGGUUAAACGCUUGAAGUUCUACACAAACCCAAACGGCUCUUUUAAGAGCCACCCACAUUAUCA